AUGACCAACCCCGACGCCGUCAGAGACAAAUUCUACGAGGACCUGCACGCCCUCUUGGCGACUGUGUCGAAGGCGGAAAACUUGAAUGUCCUUGGUGACUUCAACGCCCGCGUCGGCACAGACCAUACUGCCUGGAGGGGAGUGCUGGGUCCUCACGGUCUCCGCGGCUCCAACGACAACGGCCUGCUUCUCCUCCGCACCUGCGCAGAACACCGCCUCAUCCUGACGAACACGUUCUUCUGUCUGCCGGAGCGAGAGAAGGCCACCUGCAGGCAUCCUCGGUCGCGUCAGUGGCACCUGCUGGACUAUGUCCUCGUCCGGAGGCGAGAUCAGCGGGACGUGCUCGUGACAAAGGCGAUCACGGGUGCUGACGGGUAGACUGACCAUCGCCUCGUCAUCUCGAAGACGCGUAUUCGCCUACAGCCUCGCAGGAGACCACAAGGUAAGCGACCCCCAGGUAAGCUAAUUGUUGUCUUUGCCCGCUCACCAUCUUCAUUUCAGCAAUGAGCUAGCUCAAAGGCUAGACAACCUUUCAAUCGCUACCGCCGACCCCGCAGCCGCAGCUGCCGAGAACGCCUCCGUGGAGAACCGCUGGUGUCAACUGCGAGACACGGUCCAGUCGACGGCGCUUUCCGUCCUCGGUCGCGCUCCCCGCCAGCACCAGGACUGGUUUGACGGCAACGACGCCGCCAUCAGAAAUCUGCUUGCUGAGAAGAACCGCCUACACAAAGCCUACGUAGAUCACCCCACUGAUGCCACCAAAGCUGCCUUCUACCGCAGUCGCCGCCAACUUCAGCAACGACUGCGCGAGAUGCAGGACGCCUGGACUGCUCGCAAAGCUGAGGAGAUCCAAGGGUACGCGGACCGCAACGAAUGGAAGAACUUCUUCUCUGCGAUCAAAUCUGUCUACGGUCCGCCGACGAAGGGCACUACUCCUCUCCUCAGCGCCGACGGCAACACUCUCCUGACUGAGAAGACGCAAAUCUUACAGCGAUGGGCCGAGCAUUCCUCGACCUCCCGCCAUCUCUCCAGGAGACCAUCAGGGUCGUGCAGCAGCUCUCCAGUGGGAAAGCACCCGGAUCGGACGCAAUCCCUGCUGAGGUCUACAAGCAUGGAAAUCCCCAACUUAUGGAUCACCCGACUGCGCUCUUCCAGGAGAUGUGGCGUCAAGGCGAAGUCCCGCAAGCUUUCAAGGACGCAACUAUCGUGCACCUAUACAAGCGAAAAGGGAAUCGCGAAGUCUGCGACAACCACCGCGGCAUUUCCCUACUGUACAUCGCCGGGAAGAUCUUCGCCCGCAUCCUGCUCAACCGCCUCAAUAACCAUCUGGAACAGGGUCUACUGUCGGAAAGCCAAUGCGGCCUCCGUCAUCAUCGUGGGACCACGGACAUGA